AUGGCUUCGACUGCUUCCCUCGCCCGCUCGGCUGGCCCGAGCCUCACCCGCACACUCUCAAACCUGCUCUCGCCUUCGCUCCCCACGAGUCCACACCCGAGCCCUUUACCCUCCGCAUCCCCGCGCCGUUUAAACAAACAUGAACUCGAAGCGGCACUCUCACACGCACAGGUGCGCGCACAGGCCCGCCGGAGCGCGUACGCGCAACUCGGACGCGGGCGCCCUGACGCCGUCUUCGCGCGCACUCAGCGCGCCGCCGCCGGGCUCGGGUUCCUCCUCCCGCAGAGCCCCGCAGCACCCACAGCGGAGGAGGACGAGCCCUCACCAGUGCCCGCCUCCUCACCCGCAUAUUCGCCCACCUCUUUCUCACCCUCGUCGCACUCGCCAUACCCGCCCACCGAUACAAUUUCGCCCGCGUUCUCCCCGCUCUCCGGGAGUCCCCUCCCCUCACCCAUAAUAUACUCUACCGCUCGCCCGGCUUUCCCGCCCGGCCUGCGUUUCGGGCUCGGGAUCAGACUCAACCCGCGCGCACAGGGCUCUACCGCGUGGGGCGCCGACACGGACCCGAUCGUACCUCCCCGCUCGCGCAGCCGCCUUUCGCGCGAUUUCCCGCGGACGCCCGGUGCCCCACUCAUUGGCACGGGCAGCCUGCGCCCUCACCGACAUGCGCGGUCGCUGGACGACGCAGACGCGUAUUACCAUCUACCCAAGGGAUUGUUGACGCCAAUGACGCCUGUGCAGUUUGAGGGCCAGGGCACGCCUGAGGAGGAGGAGGAGGAUAUUGCGGAUUAUUUCUUGAGAGAUUGA